GCUACUGACCCCGCCCUGUCUCUCCCAUAUUUAUAGGUGAUGUAUGACGCCAUAAGGAAUCAUGCCAGCCAUUUGCUCUUUUUCGGAGCCUACAUAUACACCACGCGCUCAGGGGAGAGGCUCGCCCGAGAAACGCAAAGUAUACCGAACCUCGGCCUCGUCAUCUUGCAGACGCACAUCACGCCCGCCGAAAGGAUGCUUGCGGCGAAAUGCACGGUGCAUCUGAUUUCAUACAAGUCAGGUCGGCGUCAACGGGACGUGCCCACCUUCGACGUGGUCAAUCACUCGGUCGACAAAUUCAGAGCUCUGGCGGGAAACUUCAGCAUCAUGUUCUCAACGUCCCUGGGCGUCAUGGUCUACGUGGCGAAGGGGAAAGUCCUUUACGCUGACAAUAAUUCGACCGGUCAAGCAUGCGAGCGCGGCAGCUUGCACGACCACGAUGUCUUGUGCAUAACUAAGCACGCUCAACGCGCGUUUAAGGUCAACGCCGCAGAAUCAGUGUGCUACCAGAUCUACGAGCAGUACAACCAGUACCACUUCGUUACCUGGGAGGAGAUGAAUACAAUAGAGGCCAAGAUCAAAGACUACAUACACAAAAGUGAUGGGUGGGCCGUCUUCCAUCCCGACUUAGACGUACGCACGCUUUGCGGUUCCGACAAGAACUUGGAGCGUGUGAUUGCCUUUGCCACGGCUGUAAAGAACCGCUCUGGAGGAUAACCUCGCCACCACGCGGUGUCACAAUUCAUCUGGGACGUUUAUGAUUGUCCGCCUUCCUUUUCUGUAAUGCGAGCUCUCUUUUGGGAUUUGUUAUACCGCAUGACCGAUGAGUAAAUCUCAACCCUUAACCCGGCUUUGGCGAAACUGCGCAAAGCUCGAGCCCUGACCUUUGUGUCAGUCAACCUGGCGCUGCACAAGCCACCGAUGGCGAUUGUUUUUUCAACCUUUGAAGCCUUAUUUAUAAAAAAAAAGUGUGUGAUUUGUU